AUGGCUGACUUCUUCAAGAAUAUUGUCGGCGGCGGCAGCACUACUACCUCCUCGGCUGCCCCCGCCGCAUCUGCUGAUUCCGAUUUCGCCGACUUCGCCGACGCGCCCUCACCAGUACCCGUCCCUUUCGAGCCCUCAGCUGCUACCACCUUCGGCGCCGCGCCCACUGGCCGCCCCUACACGAAAUGGUAUAAUAUCCACGAGCGGUAUAGCCUGAGCGACUUCCGCGGCGAGGGCAUCAUCCUGAUCAUCAUCGGCGUCAUAUUCACCCUGCAUUUCAUCGGCGCCAGGCGCAACCGAGCGAAGGCUAGGGCCUGGAUCAAGGCCCACGGGUCAAUCCUCGCCAGCGAGUUCGCCGUCGUCGGCUUCGGCGCGGCCUCGACUCCCGACCAGGAACCAGAGAAGAUGAUCAAGGCCAAGAGCCUGUUCGAGUACGCGACAUACGCGACCGGCCGCCAGAAUGUCGCCUUCAUGGACCUCAAGUUGACGCUGCAGAAGCGCUUCAACCCGGUCAUGAACUUUAUCGAGACUGCGAUGGGCUUCUUUAUCGAUAGUGUUUCUGCCCCCGAGGACUCCGUCGAUGUCACCAUCUACCCCUUCGACGGCAAGGAGGCCCAGAUCGUGCCGUCGAUUCCGGGUGCGGCCGAGCUGCGGAGCAAAGACGCUAAGAGCGCAUUCGACGGCUUCGUCUGGGCUAUCGUCAACAAGGACAAGAUGAAGCAGCUCCGCGAAGAACGAUACGACCUGUCCAUCACUUUUACCAAGGACAACACGAAGCUACCAAUCUGGACCACCGUCAUGAGCGAGAGCGCCGAGAUCACCGAGACCUUCCUGACGAACGAGCUCGCCGAUGCCAUCAAGCAGGCCGGCGACCUGUUCGAUUUCCUCAUCAUCAGCGACCAACCUGUGGAUAAGCCCAAGAAGAUGGACGAGACGAUCCCACGCAAGCGCAUCCUGCUUCGAUACCGGCUCCCGUCGUCAGACAACUACGAGGGGCUCGCGCCGCUACUCGCGUACACGCUGCGGCUGCCAGAUCAGCUGGCGACGGCGGCGCACUUCCGACCGGAGGUGCUGCGCAAGGUGCGGGCGGUGCGCGACGAGGCGGUGCGGCAGAUCCAGAAGGCAGCCGAGGAGGAGAAAGCCGAAGAGCGCCAGGCGGAGCGCGAUCGUGCGCGCAAGGCCAAGCGUGACGCCGAGCUUAACGCGCUCGACGCCAAGGCCCAGAAGCGGUACCUCGAGAAGGAGCGCGAGAAGGAGAUGCGCAAGUCUUCCAAGAAGCAGACGAUGCGCGCGUGA